AUGAAGGCUGCCUACCUCCUCGCCCUCCUCCCCGCCAUUGCGGCCAUGCCCUCGAACUCCAAGCUCACCAAGCGCCAGUCCGACUGCCUCUCGUCGUGCGAGAGCAAGGGCUGUGGUGAGAUCUACAGCUGCAUCUGGAACUGCUCGGACGGUUCCCACUGGGAGGAGAUUGUCAAAUCUGCCGAUGCCAAGUGCGGUGUCGGCUCCGGCGGCUCGGAGUCGUCGUGGGCUCCUCACGGCAACACUACCAACACGCCUCCUGAAGCCAACAACGGCGGUGCCGGCCAGAACGGUGGUGCCUCCGCCGGCGCUUCGGGUGGUGCCGCUGCCUCGGGUGGUGCUGGUGCUUCUGGUGCCGGUGCGGGCGGUGCGGGCGCUACUGGUGCUGCCGGUGCCAACGGUACCCCCGCCGCCUCCGGUGCCCCUGGCGCUGCCUCUGACGCUGCCUCGGGUGCUGCUUCUGGUGCUGCCGGCGCUGCUUCCGGCGCCGCUUCUGGUGCUGCUGGUGCUGCAUCCGGCGCCGCCUCUGGUGCUGCUGGCGCUGCUUCCGGCGCCGCCUCUGGUGCCGCUUCGGCUGCUUCCGGCGCUGCUUCCGGCGCCGCUUCGGCUGCCUCGGGCGCUGCCUCCGCUGCGUCGUCUGUUGCCGCUGGCGCCUCGUCCGUCGCCUCGUCUGUCGCCUCGGCCGCCAACUCGGCUAUCAGCUCGCUCGGUGCCGGGGCCUCAUCGGUUGCCAACCCCACGGCUUCGGCGCCCGCCACGACGACUCCUGUGUCUGGUGCGCUCGUCAAGGCCGCUCCGGCCGGCCUCGCCAUCGCCGCGGCUGCUGCCGGCGCUGCCCUCCUCUUCUAA